UUAUUGCAGCGUCGCAUUUUAUGGGUUCAUAGCCUGUUUGACAAAAACUUGGCCGCUCUCAUGAAAAGCCCAGAACUUCGUUGCUGCUGUAGCUUCGCGGGAAGCUGUGCUGUCAGUGUUGUUGUUGCUUUGUCAAUUGUACUGGUGAUAACCUCCACGCAUUGCGUAGAAGGAUUCGAGUCUGGGUUGCAGCUCCCGCGAUCUGGGUUUCUCAAUGGAAGAGUUAAAUCAAAUAGGGUUCUCUUCAUUCAUGAUUUUGGUGCUGCUGGAGAUGGAGUUGGGAAUGAUACCCAGGCCCUGAAAGAUUGUUGGGAAGUAGCUUGUUCUUCACCAAAAAGACCCAGAAUCGUAGUCCCAGCUGGUACUUAUCUGGUGCACCCGAUUGUUCUCUCUGGCCCUUGUAAAUCCAAAAUCACAUUCAGUAUAUAUGGUACAAUUGUAGCACCCCAAGAUCCUGAUGCCUGGAGGGGAUUGAAUCGUCGAAGGUGGCUCUACUUCUCGAAGAUCAACCAUCUCAGUGUAGAUGGAGGGGGAACGAUCAAUGGCAUGGGAGAGCAAUGGUGGGCUAACUCUUGCAAGACCAAUAAGACUAAUGUAUAUAUGCAUCCCUUCAUGCUGCAGGCACUUACCUUCCACAGGUGCAAGGAUUUGAAAGUCACAGACCUUAGAGUGGUCGACGGUCAGCAAAUGCACAUGACAAUGACCAAUUGUGUUCGAGUUUCCCUGUCCCAGAUUGCUGUGAUGGCACCUGCUUCUAGUCCUAAUACUGAUGGGAUCCAUAUCAGUUCAUCCCGUGGCAUUAACGUCAUGAAUACCACCAUUGGAACAGGAGAUGACUGCAUCUCUAUAGUUGGUCACUCUUCAAGAAUCAAUAUCAAAGACAUUGCUUGUGGACCAGGGCACGGUAUAAGCAUCGGAAGCUUGGGGAAAUCGAACUCAACAGCGUCUGUGAAAAGUGUAUCUGUUGAUGGAGCAUUCUUGUCCAACACACAGAACGGUCUGCGGAUCAAAACAUGGCAGGGGGGCAGUGGUGAAGCCAGUGACAUCAACUUCCAGAACGUGCUCAUGGAAAACGUAUCGAACCCGAUUAUCAUCAACCAAUUCUAUUGCGAUUCAAAGAUACCAUGUGCAAACCAGACCAAGGGAGUGAAGGUGAAGAACAUAUCCUUCAAGCACAUCGAAGGAACUUCGGCUACAAAAGAAGCCAUGAGAUUUAGUUGCAGCGAGUACACAUCAUGCGAGGGUUUAUAUUUAGAAGAUGUUCAUCUGGUGUUAAGCUCUGGUGAAGGAUUCGCAGAGAGUUUCUGUUGGGAAGCCUAUGGGACAAGUGGAGGUUCAGUGUUCCCACCGCCAUGCUUCUCAUCUGAUCAUAAACAGUUGUUCGUUAUUAAGCAGGAGGUUCCCAAUGAACAACAAUUUAUUGAUUCAAUGUAAAUUUCUCUAGAGGCUGAGGAAAUCACUGAAUCAGAGCCAGAAGGAGUGAGAUACUGAUUGCAAAACUCUCUCUGAGGUUUUUAAGAAGAGCAGAAACAAGAUUUUCAUUA